UUUGAGGACUUACCACUUAACAUCAGCUGAAUCUCCAACAGAUGGCUUUGCAUGUAUGCACUCUCCCACACACACAUGGAUCUUCCCUAGACAACUGAGAACACCAAUCCUGACCAGCCAACCAACAACAUAUCCAUAUUCACAAUGGAACAUGUGCAGCAUGCCAACAGUUUCAACCCAGAAACGAAGCUUAGCUGUUCUGACUGAUGGAGCUCAAGUGAGUACCCCAGGAGCUCAUCAUGGAUCUGAUAAACAACACUGCUGCCAUUCGGACACCAUUCAACUGCACUGUGGAGAUCGGAUACCGCUUCACCUACUUCCAGAUUUCCUACAGCCUUAUCUUCAUAUGCGGCUUGACCAGCAAUGGCAUGGCACUCUGGCGCUUGUGGCUAAUGCCAUGGACUCUCACCAGCACUGCAGUCUACAUGGCCAAUUUGGCAGUCGUUGACCUCUUUUUUAUUCUUUCUCUUCCAUUGCGCAUCUAUUACUACUAUAACCGGUCGCAAAGCAUGGCUUGGUCUCCUGGAAGCGUCUUUUGUGUGCUGACCUUCGCCCUCAAGUACAUCAGCAUGUAUGGAGGCAUCUUUUUCCUGGCAUGCAUAGGGCUGGACCGAUACUUUGCUGUGACACGUCCCGUGCUGCGGCGACCAAAGCAAGCACAUAACGCCUGCAUGCUCAGCACUGCAAUUUGGUUACUGGUACUAGCGCUGAGCUUAGCACUUCCAUUCAUGCACUCUGCAGCCUCCAACAGUCAGUACACGUGCCUGCUCGACCCAUCCCUGGGGCCCCAUCGAACCUUCAUCCUGGGAGCUCUGGGUCUGAUACUGGUUGCAUUCCUGUUACCUGCAUUUCUUCUGCUCUUUAGUUACUGCCGUGUCUUGCGUGUGCUUGGCAGGAUGCCUCACCGUGGGAAAGGCCGCCACCGUCGCACUUUAACACUUAUCUACUCUGUGUUGGGCAUCUUCCUGCUCUGUUUUGCCCCAUACCACACCAACCUGCUGUGUUACACACUCACCCACGUAGGAACUGUCCCCAGUUGUGGGCUGGCUAAAUUUGCAAGUGCCCUGCACCCAGUUAUGCUCUCACUUGCCAGCGCCAACUGCUGUCUAAACCCACUUGUCUACUACUACUCCAGCAGCCUGUUGCACAAAGUUACUGCUAGCAGACAGAGCAGCCAGGAGACAAACACUAGCUUCAAUUCCAAAAGGAAACAUCCUAUAAGUAAAGUUUUACCAUGACUCCAUCAGGGACACACAAACCUGAACUUCAGCAUCAUUGUUUACUGCAUAUUAGCACCACAAAACAGACCAGUGCCUGCAACUAGGCCAACUAAGAAUUGCUUCAUGUCUUUAGUGAGAAGUGGCCUUUUACACCACAUAUGCUCUAAUUACGUGUGAAAGGAAACUACUUUGUAUUUAUUAUUUCCCCCCUCCCCCCUGUACUGAUUUUAAGACUAAAAGCCAGAGAACUCAGCUCCACUGUCCUCUGACAUAAUUUCAUCAAGCUAAAAUAACCAAGCAGGUGCACAGCAACACAAUAAAGAUUACAGUUAUGUUAGAGCUAGUUUUCUUUAGAUGACGUCUAAAUAUUUUACGAUUGUCUAUAAUACUUAAUGAUCUAUGCCAACCCAUUGAUCUACAAACUAAAGUCAACACCCAUAUUACUUCCAUUCAGUACGCUGUGUUAUCUUUAAUCAUAUCACGUUAUGUCAUGCAUUAGUUGACGGAAAA